CUGAUGAGGAUUCUGAAACUCAAGACAUCCAUUGUCUCAGCCCAUUAGUAAUGGGCUGAGACAAUGGAUGUCUUGAGUCUCAGAAUCCUCAUCCAGCUAAUGCUAUUCAGCUACAUUAGGGGCCUGUUUGUUUCACAUACAUGUAGGUCGGGAUCAGUGAUUCAAGAGCUGGCUUUUAUGAUUUGCCAGAAAUAAUCACGGAUACUAGUAGAAUUUUGUGGAGGGUAAACUAGUACUAGCAAGAUGGAUCCCGAUGGGGAUUCUGAUGGUUGCUAUGAUGACACUGCGGAAGAGGACAUGGCUGAAGUAGUUGAUUUGGAUGCUGCAGAAGGAGAGUAUGCAAUUGAUGACUUGGGAGAAGCAGACUCGGAAGACUUUGACCGAGAAGACGAGGAGGGAGAGGAAGAAGCACAAGGGAUGGAUGGCCCGCCCGAAGAAGACGUAGAAGAUGACGCCGACUUUGUCUAUGAGAAACACACAGCCUCUGUAUUCUGCUGUGAUUUGGAGCCCACCAAGAGUGCCCUCGCUGUCACUGGGGGUGAGGACGACAAAGCGUACGUCUGGAAAAUUGGCGAUGGGCAGCCAGUGCUGGAAUGCUCAGGUCACAAAGACUCAGUUACAUGUGUUGGCUUCAGUUACGACGGUUCCCUGGUGGUGUCAGGUGACAUGAGCGGACUGAUCAAAGUCUGGAAGGUGGACACCCAGGAAGAGAUCUGGUCAUUUGAGUGCUCUGACUUGGAGUGGCUGUCGUGGCACCAUAGCUCACUUGUCCUCCUUGGGGGUACGUCAGAGGGUCAGAUCUGGAUGUGGAAGGUACCCAGUGGAGAGUGCAAGACCAUGCAGGGGCAUGGCUGCCAAACGACGUGUGGCAAGAUCUUUCCAGACGGAAAGAAAUGCUGUGCUGGUUAUGAAGAUGGAACUGUGAAGAUUUGGGACUUGAAAGAUACAACAGCAAUCCACACAAUCAAGGAUAGCACUGGACACAGUAGUGGUGUAACAUCUGUAGAUUGCCAUCGCAACAACAUUGUGGUUCUCACUGGUUCAGUUGAUGGAACAGCAAAGGUGUUCAAUGGCAACAAUGCUAAGGUUUUGGCAACUUUCUCAGCGGGGGCAGUAAAACCAGAAAUCGGUGACAGCAACUCGGUGGAAGCUGUUGGACUAUGCCAAAGUCAAUCUCUAGCUGCUGUUGGAUCGCUGAAUGGCAUCCUUGGAGUCUGGGACAUACCCACACAGAAGCAGAGGCAUUGCUGUCAGCUGGAGGCUGGCAUAGUACGACUCAGAUGGGACCCCUCUGGUACACCAACCAUCUUCACAGCCGGUCUGGAUGGUCAGGUUCAGCUUUGGGAUGCACGGUCAGGGCAGUCGGUGGCGUCGUGGACGGGCCACAGAGGGGAGAUCCUUGACGUGGCAAUCAGCAAUGAUGGUAACACCAUUCUUACUGCAUCAGGAGACACAUCUUGUCGGGUAUUCUCCCUUCAACGCCCAGAGAGGUAGAGCCUAGAAUCAACACAAUUCUUGAGUUAUGUUGAUAAAGGCAUCAACUGAUGUGGGUUGUCAAUGUCUUAAGAUAAGUCAACCCUAUAAAAGGAUGGCUAAGAAAUUGAAGCCAGAGUGAGUACUGCUGAACUGAGGUGACUGAUUAAAUACAUUUUUAUUCAGAAACAUUCAAUAUGGCAGCUUUAUUUUUCCAAUACUUCGAUUUCCAUGUCUUAUUGACGCAUUUUAACUUUUUCCUGCACAUUCUUUUCCCUCCCUUGGUCACCCAAGACAAAAGCUGAAGCAGUCCUUGUUUUUAAACUUUAACGAUGGGAUAAUUUGUCUUCUUUUUAAUCACAGGCAGCAUUGUAAUUAUCUUGUUUUUUAGUUGAUUUGAUUUAUGCAUAAGCCUCAUAGAUUCUGUCCCUUUUGAUUGGAUGAGAGCAGGUCACAUGGUACACAUCAGCCUGUCACCGACUGACAAUCAGAAAGUUCAACUCCUGAAAAACUGAUUUCCAAACAACACCUCGCAGUUCCUGAGAUUUCACCCAAGCUGAAGUUGAGUUUUCAAGUACCAAAGAUAUUAAGAUGUUUGAGGUGGAAAAAAAAUUUGCUCAAUACAGAAUUACACAAUAUAUGCUUACCUUUGAAAGAAAUGAAAGACUGAACGAUCAAAGUCUCAUAUGAACUUAGCGUUGAAUUGCUUGUGUAGUUUUUUGUAUGUUUGUCCCGAGCUGUUAUUAAAAACCACGUUUAUUCAAUGGUAAGCCAACUGGAAA